GGUGGCCAUGUUAGCCCCGAGCUACUUAAGAAUCACAUCCCGUCUGUGAUAUGGUAGUGUCAUGAGCGUGACGAUGUAACCAACUUCUGUAGGAGUAAGACAGUUAAGUGGCAUUGGAUGGAACCUGCAGCCAAGAAGAUUGUGUGUGAGCCAUUUAAUCUGUGUCCCUCUCAGUUUCCUCAACUGUAAAAUGGGGGAAAUAAUACACCUACCUCACAGGGUUGUUGUCGAAUUUCAAAAGAGAUAUUUAUAAAAGCACUUAACACGUUUGCUUAGCAUUUUCUAGAUGCAUAAAUGCGUAUUUCCUCCCCUCUCCCAUUCUUCAUUAGCGGCGAGCAUUUAUUAAGUGUCUGUUGGAUGCUUCGUUAUGUACCUUAAGCACUUGAAAAAAUACAAUGAUGUCCACGACAGGAUGGCUCCCCCAAAUCAAAUUUUGGCAACAAAGAUUUUUAAGGGAAUUUUAACCCUUGAACUUCUUGGAAUCACAGGAGCAUAUUGGCUGUUUAAUAAAAUGAACACAAAUCAAGAUUUCAGACAUACAAUGAGUAAGAGAUUUCCCUUAGUCUUAGAAGCUUAUUACAAAUCUAAUGAAUGGUCUGGACUCUAUGGAAUAAGAGAACGUGAUCAAGAAGAAUGGUUAAACUACAAAAAUUAGAACCUCUUCAAUUUGAACUUUUCUUCUCUCUGAGUCAACACUAGUCAUCUCUUUCAGCUUCCUGCUGAAUUGUUUUUAUACUUUUGAAGAAAAAGCCAGUGUGGUUGCAUCAAAUAAAGUUUUUGAUUAAACGCACACACACACACACACACACACACACACACACACACACAUACAUAUAUGUAUGUAUGUAAUGUAAUAUGUGUGUGUGUAUUUUAAAUUCAAGAAAGCCAAAUUCUAUUGAGGCAACUGAGAUCCUUUACUAUUCUGAAACCAGUAGCAGAAAGAAAGGAAAAAUUUUCAGUGGAAGCUAUUCUAUCCAAAUAUAUGCUUAUCAAUGUAAGGAUAACAAAGAGUAACUUUAAAAUAUCAGAAAUUAUGACGACAUUUAGUUUGUAUAUACAUCAUUGUUAUAGCAUGGCAUGUGAUAAAUUGUUUGGUUAAUAAAAUAAAAUUAGUAAAAGUUGAA